AUGUUUGGUAAGAAAUUUUGGAUUUUUUUCUGAUAUACUGUAAUUUGCAGCUAGUUUCCUCAUUUCUGAGUUUAAUUAUACAUCUUUUUUAAAAAGAGCUGAUUUCACAGCUGAAAAAUAUGUUCCGUUUCAAGAUACUAGUAAUGACACUUAUUUUAAAGUGGGAAUGUAAGUAUCGGUGUAAUUUAACAAAGGUGAAGCAAAAAUUAUUCAGUUUACACAAGUCCCAAUUAGAAUCUUAUACGAAAAUUCGAAUGGAGGAUCAACUGGGAACUUUAAAAAACAAACCUUGGAUGCCGGUCAAUGAAAUAAGAGAAGAAUUUGCAAAUUGUGCUCUUCUAAAGUACGGAACAUUCAGUGAACACGAUUUUAAGGUUUGUACCCGUCAUCGAAGAGUUAACACUUUUUUGAUUCGUUUUAGUACGACAAAGGUAUGUAUGGAUGGAUGAAUAUUAUGAAGUUCUCCUGCGUUUUCGUGAAUGACCAGUUUCUCGUGUUCGCUAUGGCAUUCACUAGAACUAGGUUUCGGCUGAAACAAGUUAUACUCAAGAGACAAAAUACGUAAGAAUUUACUAAUUUCCGCUGUGAUACAUAUAUAUAUAUAUAUAUAACUUUUUGCAGGCAUUGGGCAACAUCUGGUCGGAGUCUCAUUACUAGAGAUGUUCAGAAAAUGACAGAAGUAUUCACGAUCCGAUUUGCUCAGUUCGUGAAUGAGAAAAUAGAGGAUGAACUCAAAAAACAUGUCGCCCAUCAUAAGCACAUUGAAAGUACAUCUCAAAAAUCGUUUUCCAAGAUCAACCAAUGGUUUCUUAUUGUCCUUUUUAGAUAAUCCGAUGGGUUUGAAAAAUGAAACAUUCGAAGAGCUUGCCGUCGCAUACGGGCGGCUUCGUAAACACAUAAAGCUAUCUGACAGCAGAGGACAUACCUUCAGUACUAUCGCAUUUGGAGUGAGAAUGUUCUUUUGAGACACCUAUAAAAAAGGACAUUCAGAUUAAAUCACGGAUUAUGAUGGCGUCACCUAGUAAUGCACCUCAAGUUGUAGAAGCGAUUUCUGAUGAAUUAAGUGAUGCUCCAUUGAAAGUGUUGGAUACAUGCCACAAAGAUAUUUGCACGUUUGAUUUUAUGGUAAGAGUUAUAUAAUAUUCACUUGAAUCAAAAUGCCCUCAGAAAAACGCUACGUUCAAUCCCAAAACAGAAACAUACGUUUAUUCUAAAGAAAAUGCACUCAUACACACCGUCCAUCCUCGAUAUUCUUUGAUUGCUUAUCAGAAAGCCAAACCAUAUUUUUCCUUUGAAACCAUGAAACGAAAAACCGCCACAAAAAUCAUGUAAGUUAAGAUGUAGAAAAUUCAAACAAAACAUAAAAGCGUUCAGAGAUGUGAAACAGAAUUUAGAUGCAAAAGCAAAGCAGCUUUGGACAUCCCUUCUAGAUCAGCAAUUCACGUUAGCUAUUCACGUGCACAAUCAAGAGCUGUUUCCGUUUGACCGGUUCUAUAUGACACUGAACCCUCUCGAAUGA